CGUUGGAGCCACGCGUGACAGAGCUCAGCGGGCAGGGGGGGGCUGUGUGGCCCAUGUGUGGUUACACUCCUCCCACGGGUGGGCAGCAGGCAGAAACUUUUCGAUUCCCCUCCCGAGCGCUGGGGCUGCCCGGGAAGGAAAAGGCACACGAGUGAUCAUUACCCCGCGAGUCAUCCACACACGUGUGUGCCUGCCCCGGGGGAGCCGCAGGUUCCGUCUCCCUCACUGGCUCUGGUGCCUUUGGCGAGAGGAGGGGUUUACUUGAAAAAGGGACAGGAAAACCCCUGUUCUGUCAGAUGGAAAUGACGGUACAUCAUGUGUCCCUCUGCACUCCCCAGGUUUGAAAGAUCAGAAAGUACAAUACAGACAGAACCAGUCUUCAAAAUGGAAUUCCAGUUUGCGCUCUUUUUUGUAGGGAUAAUUGCGUUUUCUGAUUCAGCCCGAGGCCCACCCAGAAUUGCUGAUAAAGUGAUCCACCGGCAGUCCGUGAGGUUAGGAAGAACCAUCAAGCUCCUGUGUCCGGUAGAAGGUGACCCGCCACCUCUGACUAUGUGGAUGAAAGAUGGACGGACUAUCCACAGUGGCUGGACAAGGUUCCGGAUCCUGCAGCAAGGACUGAAAAUCAAGGAGGUGGAAAGCGAAGACGCGGGGACAUACAUCUGCAAGGCCACCAACGGCUUUGGCAGUACGAGUGUGAACUAUACCCUUAUUGUGAUUGAUGAUGCCAGCUCAGGAAAGGACAGCCCGGUGUCUGAAGGCUCCAAUGGCGAAUAUGAAGAUCAUUCUGGGAAGCAGUGGGCCCGGCCCAGAUUCACGCAACCUGCCAAGAUGCGACGGAGGGUGAUUGCACGGCCUGUAGGAAGCUCAGUCCGCCUGAAGUGUGUUGCCAGUGGGAACCCUAGGCCUGACAUCACCUGGCUGAAGGACAAUAAGCCCCUCACACCUCAGGAGGUUGGGGAGAACAAGAAGAAGAAGUGGACAUUGAAUCUGAAGAACUUAAAGCCUGAGGACAGUGGGAAAUACACUUGCCGAGUGUUUAACAAAGUUGGAGAAAUCAAUGCGACAUAUAAAGUUGAAGUAAUCCAGAGGACUCGGUCCAAACCCAUUCUCACGGGAACGCACCCUGUGAACACUACUGUGGACUAUGGUGGGACCACGUCAUUCCAGUGCAAGGUCCGCAGCGACGUCAAGCCCGUCAUCCAGUGGCUGAAAAGGGUGGAAUACGGCACAGAGAACAAGUACAACUCCACCAUUGAUGUCGGGGGGCAGAAGUUUGUCGUGCUCCCCACUGGGGAGGUCUGGUCCCGUCCGGACGGCUCCUACUUAAACAAACUGAUGAUAACACGAGCCAAAGAGGAGGAUGCUGGGAUGUACAUCUGCCUAGGAGCAAACACGAUGGGAUACAGCUUCCGCAGUGCUUUCCUCACGGUGUUGCCAGAUCCCAAGCCACCAAGCGCCCCUGUGGCCCCAUCCUCCGCUAGCAGCCUGCCGUGGCCGGUGAUCAUCGGGAUCCCCGCUGGAGCGGUUUUCAUCUUCGGGACGAUCCUCCUGUGGCUCUGCCAGGCCAAAAAGAAGCCCUGCUCUCCCCCAGCUGCAGCGCCCGUGCACAGACCGCAGGCCAGAGACAGGAUCUGUGUGUCCCAGGGUCCUGACAAAGACUGCAUCUCCUCCAUAAACUAUGAGGAAUAUGUAGCCCACCAGCAGCAUUUGCUAUCCCAAGGGCCUGCGUUGGCCCCAGCCGUGGCAUCGAAAAUAUACCCAAAGAUUUACACAGACAUCCACACUCACACGCACUCACAUGUGGAAGGCAAAGUUCACCAGCAUCAGCACAUUCAUUAUCAGUGUUAAAGGGCAGCCAGAGACUGUAGCUUAUUGGUGCUUUCUUCUCACGGUACCUCAGAACAGACUGCUUCGAGUCAGCUAACACUGCCAGCAAAAGGCAAAGUGAGCAGAGGAGGGAGAGAGAGAGAGAAAGAGAUAUUUUUUUUGUUUUGUUAUUACUAUCAUUAGGAUGUAGAUGAGGAAUAAUGAAGGAAUUCCCAAUCUCAGCACAAAGGCGGCCAUGUAAAACAAUGGAAACUUCUUGUAGGUCUAAAUCAAGAUGGCAACAGAUAAGGCAGGAAGCUGUGACAUGAAACACCACCGACCCCCUGUUGCAUUGCCAAGCAGAGGAAGAAGAAGAGGAGAACAUGAUGAUAUUGCAGUUCCUGCCUCUAGCACGUGCCACCUGUUCUGGUGCAAGGCCCAUCAGACGUCUUACCCUUGAGAAUGUACAGAAGAGCCCUUUAUCUCAGAGUGGCUGAAGCUUGGAAGUAGCUGAGAUGUAGUGCCAAAGCACCAGGAGACUGUAAUCAACUGAAACAUUCAAUUGCCCAAUUUCAAACGAAAAAAUAAGCAGAAGAGUUUCUGGAAAACGCAUUUCUAUUUUCAAUGUGAAACUCCACAUGCAUCUCGCCAGCAGUAAUUUUGCCUGACCGUUGGUGAUAACUUAGCUGGCUGGUUCCAUGUCUGCAAAUCAAGGGUAUUGUGUUUUCCCCAAGGGGGCACUGCUUGAAAUCUUUAAAAAUGUUCAACUCACCCCAAUGCUAUGACUCAGUGCUACUGCCAGGAAGAAGGAAGGAAGGAAGGACAUUGUACAAUGCAACUUUAUAUUUAUAUUUAAGAAAUAAUAAUUAAUAAUAACUGAAUUGCUGAAGGUCAAGAAAAGAAAACGUGCUGCCCUUUUUUGAUGCCGCUAGUUGUGAUUUUCAAUCAGAUCUUCAUGGCUUAUAGUGACAAGCUACUGGAUUAACUGUGUCAAUGAAAAAUAAAUGAACAAGUAAAAGUAAAAAUAAAAAGAGAGAGAAAGAGAGAAAAUUACUGCUUAUGGAAGAAUGAAUUUGCUAAAUAUGCACCUAGGGUUGUGUGUGGUUUUUCUUUCCAGAUAAUGUUUUGCAAUUGAUUCAAACAAUCUCAUUUCAGUUUCAUUUAAAACAACAAGAAAGAAAGAAAGAAAGA